AUAAUUGUUAAUACACGGUAAACAAAUCGUCAUCAAAAUAUUCAAGAUCUGACACAUCACAUGACCCAGGGAUUGACUUCCGCGUCAGUAAGUAGUACUUAAAUGUGUAAAAUCCCUCCAUCUUAUCAUUCUGUAGUAGAGCGACUCACUGUUGUCUGUCCGAGUUCAAAAGUUGACCCGCAUUCUUACUGUAACAAUCUGAAGCGCCGAAAGCAUGAAGAACGACACGAUCCUUGAAGACCUGGGACCUGAACCAGUUAAGGGCUACCGUCAUGUACACGGUUACGUCAGCGGGACCAUCUGUGUAAUUGGCAUAGUUUUGAACAUUCUUAAUGCGUAUGUUUGGUCGAGAAAAAAGAUGCGGACCUCCACCAAUUUGCUGCUGACAGUCCUAGCCUUCACCGAUUUAAUUUCGCUAUUUCUCUACUUGGUAUACGUGACCUAUUUCUUCACAGCCACUGGCCCAAGUGAGUUAAUUUAUCAUUCCAAAGGGUGGAUGUAUAUCGUAGUGAUAUGUUUUCACGAGUUCAUCGCUUUCCACACCAUCUCUAACUGGCUGACCAUAUCCCUGGCCAUCUUCCGUUACAUGAAGGUCUGUCAACCAAAUGCCGCCAAAAAGUACUGCAACAUUAACCGCGCCAAGCUGACCAUCAUGAUAGUGUUCAUCGUAUCGACAUUGGCCACGGUGCCAUUCUACCUUUACUAUGAGGUGUACGAGUCCUCAGAGGACAACGCAAAUCUCACGGGUUACUGGAUCCGCAAAACAUCGUUCGCUAAAAAUCACAUUGACUAUCAGACGACAUUGCUUUGGUUGUAUGGAGUGAUAUUCAAAGUGGUUCCUAGUAUGGCAAUGAUCAUUCUCAGUGUUAUGUUGAUUAAAGAGCUCCGUGUUGCAAUGAAACGGAAGGACCAUCUGAAAAGGAGUCCGAGCCAUCAGCACGCUAACAUCACUACCGGAUACGGAAGAACAACAAUAAUGCUUGUGGUUAUCGUUCUGAUUUAUAUUCUGAUGGAAUUACCUGUCGGAAUAAUGGCGUUUCUUUCCGGAAUUGAGGGAGGUGAAAGUCAUUUCUUUUAUUUUUUGUUGUAUUCUUACGUCGGGGACAUCAUAGAUAUGACAGUGCUCAUCAACGGGACGUUGAAUUUUGUCGUUUAUUUCUGCAUCAGUAAGCAGUUUCGAUCCGUGUUGAAGGCUCUCAUUCGUAAUAAGGUGGCCAAGAUUUACGAAAUCAGUGACAGCCAUGGUGAACAUUCAGUGUCACGUGACAAUACGGACAAUAUGGAGCUUUCUACUUCCGCUGCAGAGAAUUCUCAUCCCAAAUUACGAAUCUGGAACUCCAUUAAAGCGAGCUUCCGGAGAUGAUUGUUUUGCAAUGACCAUAUGACCUUGGUCAAUAACUGACCACAUCCUAGCGUGAUCGAUUAGAGAAUACGAAAGUGUUAAGAGAGGGAACUAAAUAUAUAACUUAUUUUGUGAAAAUGUUAUGAAUGAUUAUGAUGUGAAGUAAACCUACAAGGGAUAAUAGUAAA